AUGCUGGGCCAUGAGAUGCAGAAACAAUCCCAAGCAGCAGUCAUGGACAUUGGUUGGACACUGGCAUCCGUCGUGUUCUGGGCUGUCUUCAUCCGUGCUAUCGUCAUCGAGGACCAUUAUCUCCCAUAUCAGGAGAUGCGGGCAUCACUCAUGAUGGAAGGCGUAGGUGGGUCGCAAGUCCACGUGUUUCCGACGGACUGA